AUGGAAUCACCUGAUGAAGCGCCAUACUUUUGCAUGGCGGAUACAAGAUGUCGUCUCUGCCAGUUCGAGUUGGAAGAAGACGACUUGGUCAUCGCACACAUUAGGGGUCAACGAUUUUCGAUAGAGUUUAACCUCCGUAUGGCCGACACUAUACACGAUAGUUAUAAAUGGAUCAAUUUGCACACUUAUGCCAGCCCUCGAUGCAUGGCAGAGGGUCGCCAUAUACCUUUCUUUCACAACGACUGUUUUUGCUUCAGGCUCUACGACAUCUCGGAUGCUCUGGUCGCUGCUGGAGACUAUACUUUCGACCCUCCUGCAUACGAGAGGAACAGGCGCUCUCACCGCAUCAAGCGUCUUCUGGCUCCAAAGUUGAGGGACGAACUUCAAAUUAGACUUCCGGCUGAGACAUUAAUGGCUGUAGCUGGACUUCUUGUCCGUGAAUGUACUGUCAUCACGGCAGAAGAACAGUCGCUAGGGAUCAAUGUCUCUAAUAUAACCGUUGACAUUACACAAGAUAUAUACAUUAGUUACACUACUAUCGAUGGCGUACGCUAUGUGAAGAGUAUUGGCAACACGGUAUCAAAGCUUUAUAACGAAGAUCACCCUGGGUUACUCAGCAAGCAGGGAGAACCUGUCGGCAAGAUAUGGAUCGCUGAAGAUCAUCGUGGGAUCCGUUCUGGUCUCAAAUUGAGAGACAUUCUUAUUUAUAAUGAGGCGAUACCAGAUGACACCAGCAAUUAUGUUGGUUGGGCGAACCCUGAACAUCCAAACGAUGUCAUUGAUAUCACGACGUUCGAUCAAGUCAAUAGCUUUCCCGAGAGACUUCAGAUGACGUUCUUCAAUUGCAAUACCAAUGGUAUAACCGGAUACACGGCAGUGACUGGCGGAAGCUCCGUUGCAAUGAUUCAUGCUCAUGAGAAUGAUAGUACUGGCUUUUAUGCAGAUGUGGAUGCUGCUUAUCCGCGCGGCUUCUUUAUCCAUAUGCCACUUGACGAUGGAGAAUUUGUGACUGAGAUAUAUCGAAGAUAUGCACUAGCAGCAGGAAAUCGGAUAUCGGUCUGUCUCGUGUUCAUUACGAAUAAAGGUAGAAACACCCUCUUUGGAACAAGCGGCCCACCGGAAUCUUGCCUAGUGCUCGAUAAGAUUCUAACGCCUGCACCAAAUGGAACGCAGAUCUGGUUCAACGAUUUAACGUCGGUGCACCCGAAGUCGCUCAGAUAUCUUGCAUUUGAUGAACUUGUGCCGCCCAUUCAGCGUCCUUCCCCCCCCUCACUUAUACCAAACCCUCCGUACUUCUGGACCCAGAACACUGAGCCAUGGUUCGUAUCAUCAUGCAGUAUGGAAGGAAUUGUGGAUAUGACUCUCUGCAGAGAUACAGCAUUUGAUCAUCGACCAAUCACCGGAAUUUUGCUAGAAUAUGAAAAUGGUCACCGGGAAUGCUUGGGCCAAUUCCGGUUUGAUAAGGCCCUCAAAAAGGUGCGAGUGGAGCAUAUAACGGACCUAUAUAUUGGCAGCUUGAGGACCACAUGUUCAUACCUCUAUAUUGCAGACGUUACCACCUCUCCACCACAUGACUAUGGAGGCCUGUCUUGGAUGCGAGUUUCUCGACAUGGUACACUUGAAUGGUGGUCGUCUCUUCGUCAUUCCAUUGUGCGCUACACAUCUACUACAGGGCAGCUCACCAACUUGGAAACAUGA